CUACUGGGCGGCGGGGGACCCAGGCUGUCGGGGAUCGCCCUUGCGGCUGGAGCUGUGGGGCAGCGUCCAGCGCUUCCCAGGCAGGGAGCUCCAGGAAGGAGGGCCUCUGAAGCGGCGCCUGCCUCUCUCCCUGUGGCCCCAGGAUGGCGGACUCGGAGCGCAGCGCGGCCCCGGACUGUUCGGCCGCCUGCAAGGCGUUCUCCCGAACCCGCAAGGGGAUUUUACUCCUGGUCGAGACGGUGCUGUGCUUGGUGAUCGUCAUCUGUUACUCGGCCUCGCGAGUGAUGGGCUACCUCAGCGUCCCCGUGGUGGAGAUGGUCCUGGCGGCCGUCUUCUUUGCCAUCUUCAUGUUCAAUGUCCAUCACCAGCUGCAGUUCAUCAACUGGCCCUGGACUGACUUCUUCCGGGCUCUCAUCGCCUCUGUCCUCUUCUUCAUCACCUCCCUCAUCACCAUCAUCAAAAACGUGGAUGCUCAGAGUACAGUUGGAGGGGUGCUGGGGCUGGUGGCCACCAUCCUGUUCGCCUACGACGCCUACAGCACCUUCCAUACCCAGCGGAGCCGCCACACCCCCGCGGCCACCGAGUCUCCAGACGGCCCCUCCUAGCGGCGACGUGGCCGCCGUGGGCUCUCCCGCAAAAGGAGGCUGAAGAGGGGGCCCCGAGGAGAAGCCCAGAGCCCGUGGAUCUCCUCUCCCUUGGCCCCCCUUCUCUGCUCCCCCGAGCUUCAGCUCUAGCCAUCAGCCAAGCUGGCCCAACUUUUUCUGGAGAAAUGGGCGAGAGCUGGGGGGCAGAGGGCAGGAGGAGGAAUAAAGGGGUAAUAAAAUCA